UCGCGGGCGAACGAGAAAAUCAAUUAAGUUAUGAAAAAUAGCAUUAAUUGCCUUUCUUUGUCACCGCGGCUCAUGAAGAAAUGGCGGAUCUCCCGGCGUCUUGCAUGUGAGGACACACAUCCCGCAGCGGAUGGCUCGUUCCCCGACCACAGACAGCACUUCCGCCCGCAGGAAGAUUUACGUGUUUUAGUACGACUACAGAAUAUCCUCCAAACCCACGAGAAUGAGCUGAUGGUUGUCGCAGUCUGCAAGAAGGCGCUGCAAAACAGAGAGAGGCUGACUGGAAGAUGCCAAGAAAAAAACAGCAGAAUCCACAGCCAGUCAAGUUGGAUUCUGAAGAUGCUGUAACCACUGAAGCUCCUGGAAACCUCUCAUUAGACACAGACUUCCUUCUCGGACAAGACCUUGAGUUUGGUGAUCAUGACAACAAGAUUUUAGGCCUGGACAAGUUCUCAGAGGUAGCUGCUGAGAUUGGUUUCUCUGUGUAUCCCCUGGGUGAUGAGGAGAGCCCUGCCUACGGCCAGCUCAGCAUGGAAAGUGAAACCGACAACUCUCGCAGCACGACGGACACCGGGCGGGAGGACGAGGGCCGAGGGGCCCAGUCGGAGCCCGGCUUCCCCCCCUACCUGUCCUGCAGAGGCUGCGGUCAGCUCCGCGACGAGCCCCUGGGACCGGGCAUCGACCUCGUCGGCCCGUAUUGCCUCAGGUGCUGCAAAGCCUCCAGGGACGCCAAGGCCACAGACUUCUGCUCCCCCUUCGGAGGCAUGAGCGGGAUCCGCCCGGGCUCCCACUCGCAGCUCGACGACGACGACGACGACGAGAUGGACGACAAGGGACUGUCCGCUGAGGACAAGCUGGCCAAGCUGCACUCGUGUCACCUCUGCGGCUUCUCCUCGCGCUACGCCAAUCACGUGAAGCGUCACAUGAAGACCCACAACGGGGAGAAGCCCUACAACUGCCCCCUGUGCACGUACGCCUCGGCCCAGCUGGUGAACCUGCAGCGUCACCUGCGCAUCCACACCGGGGAGAAGCCGUACAAGUGUGACAGCUGCACCUUUGCGUGCAGCUCCCUCGGCAACUUGAAGAGGCACCAGCGCAUGCACGUGCCCUCUGCUGGGAUGGGACAGGAGGCUCUGCCGAGACCCCCCCCUGGCCCCAGUAUUCUGAAGAGGCAUGUGACCGGGCAAAGACCCAAUGAAGAAGAGCCUGGUGCUUCAGCGAAGGUUUCAGCGGUGGAAAGGCCGACGUCGAACCUGAAUUUAGGAGCGCCGAACAACGACUUCCUGUCGGCCUUCGAUGGCUUAAAGGGGGCGUCGCCACCCCCCAUCCCGCCCUCUAACCCUGCUCCGAGCCGCCAGCCUCCGCCUGUGCUGCCGGCCACGGGCACCGAGGGAAACAGGACAAAUAGAGGAGACGUUUCAGACGGUGCCACCCUCCCCCCGUCACUUUUUCCCUUUACUUGCCGUUUGUGUGGCAUUGUCCUGGAGGACGAGGACGGCUCCUCAGCCCAGAUCUGUGCCAAGUGCACCCUUGAGAUGCUGACUAAAGACAGCUCGUCGUCUCCCAACAGCCCCGGCGAGCGCAGCGACAAGGUGUACACCUGCGCCGCCUGCCCCUUCCUCACGCACUACCCCAACCACUUGGCACGCCACAUGAAAACUCACAGCGGCGAGAAGCCGUACAAGUGCCCACAGUGCGACUACGCCUCGGCGCACUUCGACAACCUCAAGCGUCACCACAGAGUGCACACGGGCGAGAAACCCUACAAGUGCCAUUUGUGCGACUACGCCUGCGGGAACCUGGCCAACCUGAAGCGCCACCAGCGGGUGCACUCGGGCGCCAAACCGUUCCAGUGUGCCGUGUGCAGCUACAGCUGCAACCAGAGCAUGAACCUGAAGCGGCACAUGCUGCGGCACACGGGAGAAAAGCCGUACAAGUGUCAGGAGUGCGGCUACACCACCGGCCACUGGGACAAUUACAAGCGGCACCAGAAGAAACACGGCCUGGCCACCGACGGCUGGGUCAAGGUUCCAAUGACUGGCCACGACGAGGACGACGAGGUGGGGAAAGGGAUGGGAGGCGGAGGCCCGACUCACAGAAAGGAAGCAGGAGUGGAUAUGCAGUAUAUGUCUCGGGAGGGAGGUCAGACUAUACACUCGUGCUACAAACUUGAGAUUGUAUAAAUAUAACACAGCAGAACUAAGCUACCAGCAAUUGUUUCUUUGUCAAUUCUCACAGAGCCUUUAUAUUGUUUUAGCGUGUCGGUCGUUUAGUGUUUUUUCGUCAGACGUCUUCAGAGGCUGCUAAUUGUUAAUUUGUAGAAUCUCGCACAGUAACGAAAAACAAAUUGUCUGAUGCCUUUUGGAUUAAGUGGAUGAGUCUGUUUAUAGUUUGUCUUCUCCUCUGUCGCUGUGUCAAUGUCAGAUGUUCUUUAAUGUCGAAGUCUUUUCACUGUCUCUGGUUCUGUCUUUUACUGCGUGCUUAUUUUAACAGUUCCCUCUAACAGAAUACACAUAUCCUGUUCAACCAAAUAUUCCUGAAUACAUGUACAUGGAACUCGUGCACAAUAUCCCCCCCCCCCCCGAACUGUUAAGUUGCACCGUGUAGUUUCUUCUAUCUGUUUGAUAAAAGAUCAUUGCUGUUUUUAUCAAAGUCGUCGGUGCCACAAGCUUAAGUCAAACGUUUUGUUUUGUAAACUCAAAUUAAAUGACAUGAAUGUAACUGAUUUACAGCAUUCUGAUAACAAUCAUAUCACGUGACAGAGAUGGUUUGACUGUUGAGCUUCUUUUAUCUUAAAACUCAACUUUAAAAUCUGCGCUGAGAAGACGACACAGUGCAGCUUUCAUUAAAAAGAUGAGUCCUCGUAAAGAGCCAGUACUGUGCUUCUCUUUGCAUUUGGUAACGGCAUGACAUCAGAUGAAUUUACUAAUGUGUGUACUACGAGCAAUGUGCUGUGGAAUAGUACUGGAGUUGUUUUACACCCCUUAAAACUAUAUUGAAUAAUGAGGUUGUGAUGCUAAAUAAUCUCCUGCAACUUUAACUGUAUUGUCUCUUUUUUUUUUCCAUUUCGGGCCAAAACCCCUCAGGAUAAAAAGUGAAGAAUACAAGAAUGUUGUCAAAAAAACAUUUUAACACUAAAACUGCAUGCACAAGCAUUUUAGUUGGUUGUGUGGUUAAAGGGAAAAGCACAAUCAUACACACACAGCGACAUGUUGGCACGUUUAGGAUUCGGUUCGACGGAUGGAAAGAGCAUCACUGUCUUAUUUCUGAUUCAGGAGGGACAGACGUUGUUAUACAUGGGCAUGUUCAAAUAAUCCCCCCCCCCCCCACAAUUCUGCUACAUAUCAGAAAUAUAACUUUACUUGGGGACGUGUAUUUUUCGAGACUGUAGAAUCACCUUCCUCCAACUAUUUACUAUUGACUGUGAAAUUAGCCCAUUCAUGUUUUGGUUUGUUUUUUACUUGAAAAAAUAUAUAACACUAUUAGCAAGCAUGUGAGUGUGAAAUAGUUGUUCUUAUUUUUCUAAUGUGGCUGUAAUACGAGGCUAGAAUUGCAAACGUUAAUAUAUAGAGGUAGACUUUAUUUUUUUGCCAUUUUCAAUGUGUGGUGUGUCAUUUAGUUUCCAUGGAAGGAACAAUAGGGAAGAACAAUAAUUUAAAUUGGACUAUUUGUGAAUGACUAUUAUAUGCAAGUGAGAUAUUUUUCAGGUUGCCGAUUUGCCAUGACACCAUCAUCGAACCCAUCAAUUAGAACCUAUAUCCCCCAAGUGUCCAUUCUUGUCCGUAUGCAGUGUCUCAUAAAUGCCUUAAGUGAGGAAUUUCAAAUAAACACAAAUGGGAUUCAUUUCAUUGAAUGUCCGACAUCA